CGUACUAUCUUGUAAAACUUAGCCCAAAAUCCGCAACCUAACUCUUACCCACGAGCAAUAUUCGCAAAGCCUCAUUUCAUUGCGCCCUAAAGAAGAUCCUCGCUCAAAGUAAAACCCAUUUCACUCAACUAACACUUUCUCUGUGUCAAUACUUUAAUAUCGCAAUUAAUCACCCCUCCCCGGAAACGCACUUAAAAGCCCCGUGUGAUCUAGAAAUGAAUCUCUCGAAAUGUGGUCCAGCGUGUGAAUCGAGAUAAGCAUUGCGACCUAGUUAGACCAGCCUAAUGCGACUAGUGUUUGCCAAUAUGUCUUGCCUUGUGCUACCUGAUCGAGCUUAGAAUUACUAAGAAAAGUUCCCAGUCAGAAUUUAUUAAAACUUUAUAUCGCCUUUCUCCCCGUUGCCCCAGUAAAAUUUGGGCUCUUGAAUCAAACCGGGUCCAAUUUGAGGUAUCGCCUGCAUUUUGUGUCCUUUAAUCCUGCUCUCAAUUCGAAACGCCUUACUCAAAAAUUAAAUAGCAAAACAAGCAGGAAUUUUUGAGAUUUACCUGUGUUGUUUUUGUUCAAACAACUGGAAGUUUUUAACACUCGGUCUAUCGAAUUUCGUCUGGAAAUUUUAAAUGCUGGACUCCACUUUGAGCGCCGGCUCUUUUGAAUGCAUUGAAGUCGAUUUUGAACCUUAGUUUUAUAUUUUGUCUAGUUAUUUUUUUAAAAGCAAUUUGUUAUGACUAAAAACCUACUAUCGAGUAGCUUUCAUCCAAAGCGUUUCUCGGUUUCUUUGGCUCUGCUGAUUUUUGCCUUUAUUUUACAUAUCUUUACAUCUGCUGUUGCGGCGAAGUUUGAAGUUGCAAGUCCAGAAGAUUACAGCAGGAUCGAUAGAGCUAUCGCGCUGUUACUCGCACCAGCGGAUGUGCAGAGCCAUGUUACGCAUCGAUUCAUACCAUCGAUUCAAACCCCUCCGUCCUCCAUGGUUGCCGACGUUGAGAUUCGCUGGAAACCACCAGUCGCGAGUAUCGACGUUGACAACUACACCGUGUAUUACCGAUUUUCACCAGUUGACAAGACAGAGAAAAAGGAAAAACCCAAGUUUAAAUCGAGUGUUGUUCCUGGAAACCAAACGUUUUUAGAAAUCAGAGGUCAAAGUAUUGACGAUGUUUUUGAAUACCAACUGCAAGUUAGCACAUACGAGAAAGUUUUGAAUCGAACAGAGAGCUUUUUCGGAGCUUGUUCGAAACAAAAUCCUGUGCCGAAAUAUUUAGUGGUUUCUCCGCGGACAGUCCACCUUUACGAUAAACUAAAACACAAAUUCGAAAUCAUUUUCAGCUCAGAUGAAGGGAGUCAAACAGAAGCAACCGAAGUGACCAAAAUAAGUUCAAUAUCAUACAUUGCGUUUAAAAAUGAGCUGUUUUGGAUCGACCAGAACCGUAACCCAAAACCGUCAAUUGUCCAGUUUUCUAUGGCUAGUAAGACGAAAGUCGGAGAUUUAGUUUGGGUAAGCGAAGAUGCGGACCUUCUUACAGUGGACUGGGUUCAACAGGUGUUAUAUUGGGUGGAGAUCAGAAGUCGGAAAAUAAUAAUGUUUGACCUUGUCAGAGCCACCAACGAAACUGACCCUAAUACCUAUUUUACUGCACAAGUCUUCCCAACUAAAGAGUUUGCAUUGGACAUCGAUGAGAAGAUAGUGUCGCUAGUAGUUGACCCCUGGAUCUCGGGACUGUUGACCUUCAUUUCGGAGAAGCCAGAUCGGUCCAGAAGUAUACACCAGGUGGAAGUGUAUGGAAUAAGAUACAGCGUGAAGAUGGAGAGUGGUCAUAUGACUAAUCUGGUCGACAGACAGGCAUUCAAACUCUACCCGUUGCUGGACCCCGACUUCAAUGAUGAAUACUCUUUGUCAGAGAAGUAUGACGACGAGACAGCUUUAGAAACUUUUGGUUGUAAAGUCGAUCAGGUUCAAAAGUGCCAUGCACUCCUGGGAAAUCGACUGGGACCCACACUUCUAGUUAAUUCUCUGGCAUUGAUAAACGAACGCUUAGUUGUGACAGCUGAAAGUUCUGGAUCCGAAUCUGGAGCUGACUUCAAAUUCGUCCGAAUGUCUUUUGAUGGAUGUUCGUGCCAGGAAGUGGAAAUAAUGAACAAUCCAGAUGUCCCGCAUGGAACAAUACCGCUGUUUGCUUCCAUUAUAUCAGCUACUGCCGAUUCGAAAGGUGUCACUUGGAUGACAAAAAGAGCUUCCCAGAACUUCCUGAGCUGUGAGCAUGUCAAUAGUAUUGACGGAGCUGGCGAAGUUUUGACAUCCCAGGAGUUACCGCUUCCCCCGGUCCAACCACAAAAGGAGUUCACAGACAUAGUUGCAUUUGGUCACGAUUUGCAACCAGUACCGCCUGAGAAGUGUCUCAUUCCUAGAAACUACUCAGUUAGUCCUACAUUACUUGCAAUGACUUAUAACUCGAUAAAUCUAGGGUUUAAACCCGAUUUUGUUCCGAGUAGAAUUGAGGAUCCAAGUUGCGUUCACACGAAAAUGCCGACAGUCGUUUUCUCAAUUUUCUUUAAAGAAGUUGAUAGUUUAGCGCAAAUUGACACAUGCGGACCUACGAGCGAGCAUGCAAUGGUUAAAUGCAAUGUUAGCUACGAUGUAGACCUAAUUGGUAAAAAUAAAACUAUUCUGAAUCUGAAAGCAGUCACGACUUAUGUUUUUCAAAUCGGAGUCACGAACUAUUUCAGUUAUCAGUACCCAUCACUCAGUCCCCCUGUUUAUUUCCGAACGUCUAUUGGGCCACCUUCAGGCGUGGAAUCUUUCCACGUAUACCGGGUGAACCCGUAUGAAAUUAUGUUGACCUUUAUGAACCCCAGGCAAUUAAACGGACCUUCAAAUGACCUCCAAUUUUACAUUGGAUGGCGCAGCUCUGAUAAUUACCCAAAAGAUCUGAAGCACGUAAUUUUUCAGCCGGAAUAUUCGAGAGGAAAGAAGACUUAUUCAGUAACCUUGAAAGACCUGCAGCCCGCUACGUUGUAUAAAGUUGCAAUCAGCGUUUAUCAUGCGCUUCACGAAGAUUUAAUUUCGCCACCUAAAACAAAAACCAUAAAAACAUUUGACCUGCCUAAAAAGUUGUUGCUGGAAAAUGUAAACGAAUCCACAAUAGAAAUGUCGUGGACUUUUUCAAGGCAACACGAUUUUGAGUCCGCGAUUGUUAGUAUAUACGACAUUGAUGGAGAGAAAAAUGAAUUGGUUGAAUCGACAACAGAAGAGAAUCUUCUGAUGCGAAGAGGCGAAAAAGUGAAAUUUACGUUUAGUGAAUUGAAGUUUUAUAAUAUGUACAAAGUUAUGCUUACAGUUAUUUACAAGACUGAAAUGCUGGUAACUCAAACGAAAUCAAAUGCAACUGCAAAUAGUUAUCAAGACGAUACACUUAUUUUAAGGACGCUGCCCGGUAACCCGGAAGCCCCAAAUAAACCCGAAUUGCACCGUAACAGAAGAAUUUUAAGAGUAUUAUUGGAAUCUAGAAGACUAAAUUGUCCCAAAAAUUCCAGCUUGAUUUUCGAAGUGCAAGCCUGCAAAGUCUCAACAGAAACGGAACCUCUUCGAGAAAGUUGCUCACAGAUUUAUAAAGGAAAUCGUUCCACUAUUGAUUUGCAAAUUGGAAAAGAUAUUACAAUAGGCAUUUUUCUGCGAGCGAGGGUCAGAACUGACUUCGGUGUGAGUCAUUUCAGCCCGAGUGUCAACUCGUCAUUCGCUUAUCUUCUGCCCGAUGAUUCGGCACCUGAUAUUAAGUCAAGUGAGCUUAAAGUGUUCGGACUGGCCAUGACUUCCCAAACAGCUUUGCUAAUGUGCGCUUUUAGUGGCUUUGUGAUACUGAUUUUCGUUUUCAUUUCUUGUCGAAACUGGUGCGUAAUUUCCAGUUUCAAAAACAAAAGAAUAUCGGAAGUUACUUCACCAAAUACGAUACAGCUUAACACUUUGAACCGAGCUAGAUUAAGUUUGCUCCAGGAAGCGCCGUUUAAAGCUGAAAAUGAUAUUUUGUAUUAUGUGGGAACAAAUUACACAGGCAGUAAAAAGUUCGAUUCAUUGCAAGGCUUGAAGAUGAUUAAGGCGAAUUACAUUCAAAUCGACAACUUGAUUGGAUCUGGCGCUUUCGGAGAAGUAUACUCGGCGUUGUCGAGAUUAAGAGAAGGCUCGAUCGCCAACACCCGAAUUGCGGUAAAGUUUCUAAACAACAACGCAGGGCCUGAGCAAAAGCAAGACUUCAUUCAAGAGGCAAUUUUGAUGCGAAAUUUUGAGCAUCCGAACAUUGUCGAAGUUUACGGUAUUUGCAUGGACAGUGAGCCCAUUGGAAUUAUCAUGGAGUUAAUGCAGAAUGACCUUUUAACUUUUUUGCGGCAGUCGAGAAACGAAGACGAAGAUGAGUUUGAUGAACAUUCGAACUGCUCGUCAAGGGAACCCUUGUCGCUCAAAGACCAAAUUAUGUUUGCGAUUGAUAUUGCAAAUGGAUGUAACUAUUUAAGCGAACACCACAUGUUACACAGAGAUCUUGCCGCUAGGAAUUGCCUGGUCUCAAAAAUUGCAGAUCCGGCUUUGAAGGAAGCAAGAGCUAAUUGUGACUAUAUUGUUAAAGUAGGAGAUUUUGGAUUAGCGAGAGAUGUAUACAAACAGGAGUACUACAGAAAAACGGGCAAUGCAUUAAUGCCAGUUCGCUGGAUGUCGCCAGAAUCCCUAAUUGACGGAAUCUUCACAUCCCAAUCUGAUGUCUGGAGCUACGGGGUUGUUUUCUGGGAAAUUAUGACGUUUGGAAACCAGCCGUAUCCAGGCAAAGAUAACGUCGAUGUGCUGCACUUUGUGAAGUCUGGCGGUAGAUUGGAACCUCCAGAAUCUUGCAUCCCGGAACUGGGACAAAUGAUGGAGAAUUGUUGGAAUAAAAAGCCGAGCAAGCGUCCGACUUUUUUCGACAUUCUGAAUUUUCUGGAUUCGUUUUUGAGGCUUUUAUAUUUCAAUCAGCAGAAUGAUGGGACUAACGAAGAGCAAACCGAAAAUGAUCCAGGGUUCUACAGUCCGAUAUAUGUUACACCUUCAGGAAUGAAUGUGAAUAGUUCGCAGCUUAAUGAAACUCAGGAAUCUCUCUUGCCAACGAUUCGUACAGAGUCUCCUGAAAUCAUGAACGAUGGAUCGAUCCCAAAAUGGGACUACCCUUGCUCAACUGGGUCAAAUAAAACAGACACUAAUACAAUAUAUGCCAACUCACUCGGAAAUUAUAGCACGCUAGCUAAACGAGACGGCCUGACAGAUGAUAUUUCAAGUUUGCUUUCGAUUGCAAUGAGUAAUUCGGCUAUCAGUCAAAAUGAAUCAUGCAACGAUGAUGAUUUCUCGAGAAGUUACAUGCGUGUGUGUAAUCAACUGAGAGUUGAUGAUACAGCGAGUCCGUUUCCAGAGCAGUUCAGUGAUAGCGUGGCGGGCGCAUUCAGUUGCAACUCGGUUUACUUGUCCGAUGCUGAAUUUGGGUUCCAAGAUGACCAUCUUGGUUACUGCACUGCAAGAAAAACGCUGACUGCAAGUACUCCUAUGGAAAGGAAACACAAGCCAGAGGCGAGCAACCGUUUAAACUCAAGCGAUGCGAAAAGUUAUCAGAAUAUGGAAGAUUCCCCUCUUCUAUCGAGACAUUCGCCGCCUCCGAAACCCAAUUCAAAUUACGUCAUCAAAAAUGGUUACGCAAUGCUGCCCAAUAUCAAUCGCAAGCUGAACAGCUUCAAGAAAAAUGCCAUAUCGGACCCCUCAAAACCCUUGCCGUUGCCGCCAAAACCGACCAAUCAGGAUGCUUUUUUUGACAGCAGCCCAGAUUUUGACAAUCUGAGGCUAGAUACAGAUUUGGACCCCGUGAAAUCGUUUCCAGAAUAGAAUUUCCAGAAAUUGAAAACGUUGGAAAUCAGCUUUGUGCAAUAUUGCAAAACUGCAUUAGAAAAAUUAUCGGCCAUAUGUAUAUCUAGUGAACUCAAACACGAUUUAUUUUUGCUUUACUUUUUUUCUACUUCACUGUAUUUGAA